AUGAAGUUUGGAAAGCUCCAUGAGUUCAUAUACUCGCUAAGCACCCAGGAUAAAUACUCGGAAUUUGACCCUAAAAAGUCCUUCAAUAGAGUGAAUACUCAGGAAACAGAGUUACUCUUCUCACACCACAACCAAUCUACCGCAUCCUUAAUUGGUGGGCCAACUAACGAUGUUGAUUCCACCGUCAAUAAGAACCAAUUUGAUGGUGUUCACGAAGUGAGGUUGGCAUGGAGACAUAUUAAGAACUGGCUAUUGAAAUAUUCGCCUGAUUUGAAUUCGACUUUACAAAGUCCAUGUACAGAUGCGGACCUCUCCGAUUUUCAAAAGGAUUUGAACAUCAAAUUGCCAAACUGUCUUAUAGAAUUCUACAAAAUAACUGAUGGCCAGUCCUAUUUCAACGAUAAUGGAUCUGGUGGGUUGGUAUUCGGGUUGAAAUUGAUGCCAAUAGAUGAAGUAAUGGUGAUGACGGAACAUUGGAGAAAAGUAGCCGACUACUUGAACCUGAAAUUAUUACACGCGAACCAGACCAACAAAUUGCAAGAACUCAGUAAGUUGGAAACAAGCCAUGCAAAUAGUAGUCAACUCAAGUUCUCAUCGUCCAAUCUUGAUCUUAUCGAACCAGUCAAAAUCGCCAAACAACAAAGACACGAGAGUGCCGGUUCUCCUAAUAUUCCCCGCCAAAAAUCUAUACCUCCCGGCACAAUUCAUGAUUCUUUUGCACAUCCUAUGUGGAUUCCAAUUAUUACUGAUGAAGUGGGUAAUUGUAUCGGUAUAGACUUGUGUCCUCCAACCAACGGUGGAGGGACCUGGGGACAGGUUAUCCUUUUUGGCAGAGAAUUUGACAAUAAAUACUUGAUCGCUGAUAACUUCGGAGAUUUCUUGUUAAUCUUUGCUAACGAUCUCGAAAUGGGUAACUGGGACUUCAGAUCGAGCUUAGCCAAUAAUAACCAAGAUUUAUUGAUUGGUAGUGAAGGUGAGUUGGUCUUUGUUGAAAAGGGUACAAAUAAAGAGAUCCCUUACCUUGAAGUAUUAAAGAAAAGAUGCAUUGAGAAAUGGCUUUCAUCGUUGAAUGAACUGAAUUCUGAAAAGUCAGAGGAAAUAAAGCAUUUAAUCAAGGACUUGAAUCUGAAUACCUCCAGCAUCUUAAAAUUCAAGAAUUCGAUGGACCAAUUUGUCAACAACAAUAUAUCGAGUAUAGAGGGGAUCAGUGAUCCAAUUAUCCAUUCAGAGAAUCAAAUAGCGGGUGGAUCAGAUAAUGCGAAAAAUCAAGUUAAACUAGGGGAGACGAGCGAUACUAAGCAGGAUGACACUUCGAAGAUUGCCCUGACAGUAUCGACUUCUGACGAAGAUGAGUAA